GUCUGUAUACAUCAAUAAGUCUGUACACAUCGAUAGGUUGCAAUAGACUCUUUAGUAAAGGCCAGGGAAUGCAAUAUUAGGAUUUGUGAGAAUCUGUCCAUUUCUGAUUAAGGCUGAUGUCAAAUUCGAGGAUAGAUUCUGCAAAACAAAUCUGGAAUCACAGUAAUACCAUGCUUAUUUUUGUCUCUCGUUAGCUGCUUACAGGAGUGGAAAGCUUAAGUGCCUGACGGGAUCCUGCAAUAGUAAUAUUAGUAAGUAUAUGCCCAUUCCUGUUUAACAAAACCAACUUUUACAGAUGGAAAACUUGUUGUACAGCAAAGUACAGAUCUGUCUGUGGGCACUGCACCCUACAUGGUGAUGAAGAAAACCAGGUGAAUUCCUGUGAGGAAGUGAGAUCUCCUGAAGGAGAAUCGGCGAUGUGCAUGGGACGGGAGGAGUUGUUCACAGGACUUGCACUUCUGUGAAUGAACGACAAUGAUGUUACCAAGGUCCACCUUGUAUACCGGCACACAACAAAAAGGUGUGAGGAGAAGCUUUGCUGCUGGACUAAUGAAAAUGCCAAAAAACCAAAACAAAACACCAACAACCAUGAGACCUUGAGAGUGGAAGUACUGUGAACCAAGAAGUCUGAGGGACUAGCAAAACUGAAGACAUGAAAAUGGUGGCGGCUUGGUGCUUUUCCUCUAAAAAAGGAGCAUUAUGAUGAAGAACAGAGAUUGGCAUGAGCAGCAUUAUUCUUUCAUAGAGGAAGAAAUAAAAGUGGAGUACCGUAAACUUGACAUGGAUAAUAAAAAAAAAGACAAGGACAAGCCAGAUGAAAGAGUCCCACGGACUUCUGGGAGGUCAGGCCAUAUUCCACGUGGAACUGGUUCAAGUUCAGGAGUGUUAAUGGUUGGACCUAACUUCAGAGUCGGCAAAAAAAUUGGAGGCGGUAACUUUGGAGAACUACGGUUAGGAAACAAUUUAUACACAAAUGAACAUGUGGCAAUUAAGUUGGAGCCAAUGAAGUCGAGAGCACCACAGCUACAUUUGGAAUACAGAUUCUACAAGCAGCUAGGAUCUGGAGACGGACUACCUCAGGUCUACUAUUUUGGCCCAUGUGGCAAAUAUAAUGCUAUGGUGCUAGAACUACUUGGACCUAGUCUGGAAGACUUAUUUGACUUGUGUGAUAGGAAGUUUUCUCUUAAAACUGUUCUUAUGGUAGCCAUACAGUUGAUUUCUCGUAUGGAAUAUGUCCAUUCAAAGAACUUGAUAUACAGAGAUGUUAAGCCUGAAAACUUCUUAAUAGGACAACCUGGAAACAAAACCCAGCAAAUUAUUCAUAUUAUAGAUUUUGGUUUGGCAAAGGAGUAUAUAGAUCCAGAAACGAAGCAGCACAUACCAUAUCAAGAACACAAGAGCCUUACAGGAACAGCUAGAUACAUGAGUAUAAAUACACAUUUAGGAAAAGAGCAAAGUAGAAGAGAUGAUUUGGAAGCUUUAGGUCAUAUGUUUAUGUAUUUUCUCAGAGGAAGCCUUCCAUGGCAAGGUUUAAAGGCUGAAACAUUAAAAGAACGUUACCAGAAAAUUGGAGAAACUAAACAAACAACAUCUAUAGAAGUAUUGUGUGAAAACUUCCCAGAGGAAAUGGCUACAUAUUUACGUUAUGUAAGAAGGCUAGAUUUUUUUGAAAAACCAGACUAUGACUAUUUAAGAAAGCUCUUCACUGACUUACUUGAUCGAAAAGGCUAUGUGUUUGAUUAUGAAUAUGACUGGACUGGCAAACAGUUGCCUACUCCAUUGGGUUCAAUGCAUUCAGACACUGCAUUGUCAUCAAACAGAGAAGCUUAUCAGCACAGAGAUAAGAUGCAACAAUCCAAAAAUCAGGCAACAGAUCAUAGGGCAGCUUGGAACUCACAGCAGGCCAAUCCACAUCAUUUGAAGGCUCAUCUAGCAGCUGACAGACACGGUGGCUCAGUACAGGUAGUAAGCUCAACAAAUGGAGAAUUGAACACAGAUGACCCAACUGCAGGCCGUUCAAAUGUGCCCAUCACAGCUCCUGCAGAAGUAGAAGUAACGGAUGAAACAAAUUACAUAACUUUCAGAGCAGCCCUGGUCUGCCUCUGCCCACUGCUACCUUUUCAGUGACUGAGCAACAGGGUGCCAUUGGAUAUUUUGAGAAGGUGCUGCUGUUUUUUCAAGCGAAGAAGAAGGAAAACCAUUCAGCACCAGAAAUGACUAGAACCAAGCAGAACAUUGGAAAUUGCUCAUUUGUUCAACCGCUGUCUUGUGAUCCUGAAAAAAAAGAGAAGGCAUGAAAAGAAAAAAAAAAAAAAAAAGAAAACAAACUACAACAAAAAACACCUCUGUAAUGACUACACGUUUUCCAAGGACUCCCUUCAAAACAGUGUUAUAUUUCUGUGUUUUGUAGGUUCUCCUACAUCCAUAUUUUGUUUUUUAAAUUCGUCUCUUCUGAAAGCUUUAAGGUUUUGUGACAUAUAAGUACUUUGACUAUCAACAAAUGGACCAAUGAAAUGGUAGAAAUGACCACUUUCUACAGCAAAACUAAACUUCAGAAGUAUUUCUGCCAUCCUAGAAAGUACUAGUGGUGAAGAAGUAGUAGCUGAAGACAGAUGUCACGAAUCUGGUAUUUGAGUCUGUAACAGCAUAUCAAAAGCAGUUUUGAAAAAAAAAAUGCAGAAGAAAAAUAUAAAUGCACAGCCAUUUAGAAAAAAAAAUAAUCCUGCAUUGACUCCCACUGCCUAACCCUGGUACUGUAGCCAAAUUAUAUCAGCAUUACGUCCUCUCUCUGUUACUGUGGUACAAUCACUGUCCAGAGAUGCUGAGGAGGUUGACAAUUAGCUAAUGACAUUGUCUAAAUGUUGAUGAUACUAAUGAACUGAAAGUAUUUCCUGUAGCUUCUGGGUUUGGAAACCUGUUUUUGUUAUGCUUAUAUGCUUGCUAUUGCAGUAUAGCAGAAAUGACAAGAGCAUUUGUACAAAGAAUACAAAAAUUUGUAUUAUGUAACAUUGCUUCCAGUAAUGUUAGUAAGAUUGAAUUUACCUUCACAAGAGAGGAUCUACAGAGGAAUUAUAAAAGGAGAAAUAAAUGUGAAUCUGGUUAAAGCAAAGUUGAUAUUAAAGCCCAUAUGUUCACUAAGGUAACUGCUGAUUGACAACAUCUUCAACUUAAAAAUAUGGGUGUGCCAUGUAAUAUUAUAGAUAUGUUUGUAAAUUACUUUUCUCUUUGAUUUAGAAGAGAAAGACAAUGGAAUUGUGUUAGGCUUCUCUCUUCUCUGCAUACUAGCCCUUAACAGCGUUUUUUUUUUUUUCUGGAAUUUUCUAAUACUUCAAUGUGUAGCAUUGCUAGCACAAUAGGAUGGCAAGGAUGGGUCAUGUACUUUUCCCACAGUCCAGUGAAGUGCCUGCAAUAUGAACAAACCAGCACUUUUGUAGACAAGGCAGCCCAUUUUAUAUUCUCUCUUAAAGAAAAUACAUGCUUUAUUUAAAGCCAUAAUGACAGAGGUGUGCUUUUGUCAUGUUUAGCUGCUAGUUACUUUAAGAAAGGGUAUAAAAGAUUGAAGUGACUAGACAGAUUUGUUGACCAAAAAUCAAAUUAAUUAUCUCCAUGAUUUUAAAGUUCUUCUGAAGCUAACUAGUGAUUUGUGUGUGUGUGUGUGUGUGUGUGUAUGUGUCCACAGAUGCCUUUUCGCAUAUAUAUUUAUUUUAAACUGUUUUGUGGUAACAUUUAAAAUGUAUAUUAAAAAUAAAUGCACACUGUUAAAUUCAUUAUUGCAUUUAUGGGGAUUUUAAUUGUAUUUUGUAAUUCAUUCUUCCUUAAUGGCCAAUAGUGUAGCAUAUUGUUUGGGUUAUUUGCUCAGUGAAUACAUGGUAUACUUUGAUAUUUGUCAUUAUUGCUGUUCAUGAUAUUAAGGUUUUGUUUUAUAUAAAACAACAACAACAACAAAACUGAACUUGGCCUACCAAAACAUACUGUAUAACUUUGGUCAUAAGUUUCCUCUUCACCUGUUUUCACUGUUGAUUAUUUUAAACUCAUAGAGUUGCCUUUUUUUUUUUUUAAUUUGAGUUGAAAAGGUAAGAGGUUUCUUGACCAUUCUCAUAUGAAAAUGCAUCCUUCCUUUUAGUAUUUGACUAAAUUUGUUAUGUCAUAAUAUUUGUAAAUAUUUGUGAUACGUGUAUUUCUCACAUACCUAAUUGGUUUUGUUGUCUGAAGCUCUUGACCUGUAUAGUGUUCGUAGAUUCUGAACACAGCACACAUAUCAAGAAAAUACAUAUAUUAUGGACUUGAAAUAUUCAGAAGUAUGAAAGCUGUGUAUUUGCUGAAAUGACCGCUAUCCAGGCACUUGCUUUUCAGCAGUAUUUUCAAGUGCUUAAUUGUAAUGCUGAAGAAGGUUUUCUUCUAGCAAAGCAAACUGCUCAUUUGUAAGUAAUGCAGAUUUAUUUGUGUUAUGAAAAUAUGUUUUGCAUUUCUAUACUUUGUUUCCUGUCCAAGCUAAUGAAGUCAACGUUGCCUGGAUGUCUAAAUAAUAAAAUACACUCCUGUUUAAGUGUAAGAAAAGAGAACUAAAGGUAGACUUUUCCCCCUUUCCUACAGUCUUGGAUGAAAUGAUGGAAAAUGUUGUUUGAAAAAUAGCUUAAUUGUUUUAAUGUUUUUCGAUGUCAAGAAAUUUGAAAGUAAGUUACUCAAAAUACUACUUCAACAUUGCAGUUAUAGGUAUGUCUGCUUAGUUAACAGGUGUUAUUGUUAAGUUUUAAUACACCUAAUGAUAACAAUGGAGAGAAGAGACUUCAGUAAAUGUUUCUAAUGAGGAAAUCUACUCAGGAUCUCUUUGGGUUGCUGUCUGUGCCACAAGGAAUAAAAGCCAUCAGACAUACUA